GGAGAAGAAGAAGAAGAGAAGUGAGCGAGGGAAGUAAACAUAAACGUGAGAGAAGUGAAACGCGGCCGUUCAUUCUGCUCUAAACCCGCUGUGCGACCACCACAGUUCACUCCUUCGGUCAGUGAAGCUCCCACAGCCGUUCACGAGAGUUUAAAUGCUGGGAAAUAUUCCCAUCUUCCCACAAGAGGAACUACUUCAGGAGAACUAGUGUAAAGAUGGAGAUCAAUGAAGAUCCCUGCAGAGUAAAAGAUGAAGAAACAGAGGAACAAAUAGACCUGAUGAAAGUGAAUGAAGACAAACAGCACCAUUACACAAAUGAAGAUGGAAAACUGACAUACAAAAAAGAAGCUAAACAACAUCCGUUCAAAAAUGAAGAUGGAAAUUCAGUCAUUUCAAAGACUGAAGAGAAUUUCACACGGCAAAAAGAAGGAAAAUCUGGUGUCAAAGAAUUUUUCACCUGCUCAGGGUGUGGAUUGUUUUACGUGCAUGAAUCAGACCUUAAGAAACACAUGAGAAUUCACACUGCUAAAAAGCCGAUCACUUGCAUUUACUGUGGAAAGAGAUUUACAUAUAAAUCAGAGCUUAAGAAACAUAAGAGAGUUCACACAGGAAAAAAAACAGAAAUCUGUUCUGAGUGUGGAAAGAGUUUCAUACAUAAAGGAGCCCUAAAUGUGCACAUGAGACAUCACACUGGAGAAAGACCGUUCACAUGCACUCAGUGUGGAAAGAGUUACAGAUCCAAAAGCGUUCUCACCACUCAUCUGCGCCGUCACUCUGAUGUGAGGUCAUUCAGCUGUGACCAGUGUGAUAAAACAUUUGUUUUGGAAUCAGGCUUAAAAGCGCACCUUAAAACUCAUACUGGUGUAAAGCCUCACUUUUGUUCUUUAUGUGGAAAGUGUUUUAAACGACUGGCCUAUUUAAAAGUGCAUGAGCGUAUUCAUACUGGUGUGAGACCUCAUGUGUGCUCUGACUGUGGGAAGACCUUCAUAUCAUUCGAUUCCUUAAAAGUACACCUGAGAGUUCAUACUGGAGAGAAACCGUACAAGUGCUCGCACUGUGGAAAGAGCUUCGCUCGGUCACGAGGCUUGAAAAUUCAUGAGAGAGUUCAUACUGGAGAGAAACCGUACAAGUGCUCGCACUGUGGAAAGAGCUUCGCUUGGUCACGAGGCUUGAAAAUUCAUGAGAGAGUUCAUACUGGAGAGAAACCGUACAAGUGCUUGCACUGUCGAAAGAGCUUCGCUCAGUCACGAGGCUUGAAAAUUCAUGAGAGAGUUCAUGCUGGAGAGAAACCGUACAAGUGCUCGCACUGUGGAAAGAGCUUCGCUCGGUCACGAGGCUUGAAAAUUCAUGAGAGAGUUCAUACUGGAGAGAAACCGUACAAGUGCUCUUCAUUGAGUGCAUUUAUUAAAACGUGAUUAAUGAACGUAUGCAUGGAAAACAGCAUGAAGAAAUUUUAUUCUAGUGUUUGUUAUAUACCACUUGUUUGCAGUACAUACUACGAUAGACAUAAUUAAACACUAAACAGCUUUCACUUGUAAAAGAGAAGGGCAAUUUAGAAAUAUAUCUUCAUUGAUCUUCGGGACAGCACUUUUGCAAGGUUCUCAAUUUUGUGUUGGUUCCAUGUCAUCGCCUGGAUAGUGAUGUCUGUUCUAGCUAAACAGUACAUGAAAAAAAAAUCAUUUAAUAAAAAAUC